AUGGGGCACGACCACUUCAUCGUCAACGAGCACAAAGCCAACGACUUCGUCUACUUACACAUGGGGCACGACUUCAUCGUCAACGAGCACAAAGCCAACGACUUCGUCCACUUACACAUGGGGCACGACUUCAUCGUCAACGAGUACAAAGCCAACGACUUCGUCCACUUACACAUGGGGCACGACUACAUCCACGAAGCCAACUACCUCAUCUGCUACUUCCACCACCAAAUCCUCUACUUCUUCCACCCCGACAGCUACAACCUCUUCCAAGUCUAG